GUAAAUACUUGAAAAAUGUGAAAACUUGACAUUUUCAGUAAACUUAUUAAAAUUAGUUGUGAUAAGUAUUUCUUUCAAACAUGUGUAACCUUUGAACUAUUGGUUUAAUUUUAAUUCAAGACCAAAUAUUUUGAAUAACAAAUAUUAUGAGAAACGCUAAGUUGGUGAGUUAGUUAGAGAAGAACUUUGGCAACUCAAAACUGUAUGCCUAGAAUAUCAUGAGUUGACACUUUGUACCUAACUAAAAGAUGGAUUCAAGAGAAGUAAAAAUAUCAGACAGCGUUGAUUACAGUGUUAGUUCAAAACCACGAACAAAGUUAACGAAUUCUGAAGUAGUAAUUACAAGUCUAUUAGCAGGGGCAAUUGCUGGUGCCUUAGCAAAAACGACAAUAGCGCCUUUGGAUCGCACAAAAAUAAACUUCCAAAUAAGCCGGGUGCCUUAUUCUGCUGGGAAAGCUUUACAAUUUUUAAAAGAAACAUACAUUAAAGAUGGGUUUUUUGCAUUAUGGAGAGGUAAUACAGCAACACUUGCAAGAAUUAUACCGUAUGCUGCUAUUAAUUUCACUGCACACGAGCAAUGGAAACGUAUCUUGAAACUAGAUCAAAAUACGAAAGAGAACAGGGAUUCACAUAUGCGUCGGUUUCUUUCUGGUUCUUUAGCUGGCGUGACUUCGCAAAGUUUAACUUAUCCAUUAGAUUUAGCGCGAGCUCGUAUGGCUGUUACAGCUAAAGAUGAAUAUUCAACUCUUAGACAGGUUUUUGUAAAAAUUUGGAUUGAAGAAGGUCCAAGAACAUUUUAUCGUGGCUACGUUCCAACCAUUUUAGGUGUAAUACCUUACGCGGGUGUUUCAUUUUUUACAUAUGAUACUCUUAAAAAUUCAUACAAAGAUUAUUAUGGAGCAUUUCCUACAAACCCAAUGAUUUCGCUAGUAUUUGGUGCUGUAGCUGGCGCUCUUGGGCAAACUAGUAGUUAUCCAUUAGAUAUAGUUCGUAGAAGAAUGCAAACUUCGCGUCCAAAAGCCAAUAUGCCAAAAAAGACAAUAAUUCAAACUCUAAUUAAAAUUUACAGGGAGGAAGGCAUCAUCGGUGGUUUUUUCAAAGGGUUAUCAAUGAACUGGGUAAAAGGUCCAAUUGCUGUUGGUAUAAGUUUUGCUACAUACGAUAGAAUAAAAGAAUUUUUACGUGAUAUUGCUUUUAAAGUUGAUAUUGUAUAAAAUAAUUGUAGUAAAAGUCAAUAAGUUGUUAUUUCAAGUGUGAUGACGUUUUUCUUCAUUUAAAGCAAUUUAAUUUUUAUAAAUUAUAUAAUGUUUU